AUGGCUGCUUCGCGCUCAGUCCUCCUCGCCGCCUUCGUUGGCCUUGUAGCUGGGCAAUAUGAAGGAUGGGAGCCGGGACAAGUUGCCGGUACCAUGUGUUACUGGGAUUCACCAAGAGUUGCUGUCAUCCGCGAUACCCUAUGGAUUGAUGGAGGCACUCUCGCCUGGGUUCCGACAAUGCAGGAUGGGAGCUACGGCGAUUUGUCUUCGUUGAAUAACCCGCGUGGGUUGAUGUACUCAUUCAACUUCAGCAAGUCGUUUGAUGGGACGACGAACCUGACCAACUUGAUUGGAACCAAAGCAAAGUCAUUGGGAGGAUCUGGAAGUACUAACAGUAUUGCCCCGAACAUGAUCGAUGGCGCACUGCUUUACAAUGACGCAGAGUUCUUCCUCUACGGAGGCGCACUGCGCAAGAAGACGGACGUCGCCGAGUCACCGGACGGCGACAGGGCUCUCGUCUGGCGUUGGUACGACUAUCCAGAGAAACCAUUGUUCGAGGCCGGCGGCGACCAAAUGACCUUAUCAAAUGGCAUUACCCGAUAUGUCGCAUACGGAGGAGCCGCUAGCGCCCCUUCCGAGAACAAGGCCUGGUAUGUAGGAGGCAUGCGUUCGCCAGUCUGGGGUGAUGUGUUUCGGGGGGAGACGAACCGAACUCUCACUGCGAAUACUACCUCCAACUACCUCAUUACCCUCGACAUGUCGCAACAGUAUGCUGAGAAAUUCUCCAACGAAACGCUACCUAGCUUUAUUAAACCCAGAGCCAACCCAUCGGUUGUCUGGGUUCCGGUUGGACCACAGGGCAUCUUGGUCGUGGUGGGAGGUGUUACCUAUCCCGAAGUUGCCAACUUUGCGAUCAGAAAGACUGAUGAUUCCGUGCUCAACAAAGAAGAGAGCCCCACGUUUAUGAAGACGAUUGAUAUAUACGACGUUGCUAGUAAGAAAUGGUAUCAACAGGAGACCAAAGACGGGCCCCCUGCCCUUACGAAAGGCUGCGCCGUGGUGGCUCCUGCUCAAGACCGAUCCAGCUUUAACGUCUACUACUACGGCGGCUACUCCGGUAUUGAUGCCAAGACGGGUUUCAGCGAUGAUGUCUGGGUUCUGUCCCUUCCAUCCUUCCAAUGGACCAGAGUCUACCAAGGAGAAAGCCUCCAUGCUCGUGCAGGCCACCAGUGUGUGAUGCCGUACCCCGACCAGAUGAUGGUUAUCGGUGGCUUUGCAGAGACGUCCGGAGGUGGCAAGCCACCUUGCGUUGACAAGGCCAUAUUGCGGAUGUUCAACGUCUCGAGUGCUCAGUGGUCAGACUCAUACAGCCCUAGUAAGUGGUCCAACUACACUGUCCCAACAGCAGUUCAGAGCAAGAUUGGCGGCAACGGACGGGGUUCAGCUACAGCAACAACACCCGUAGUAUCAGGCUGGUCAAACCCUAGUUUGGCAGCUAUAUUCGCGACACCCUACGUCACCUCAAAGAUCAAUACCUGGUAUCCGUACACUGAAGACAAGGCGACCCCUCGUCCAACUGUUCCUGGAGAUUCAGAUAACCAAGGUGGCGGUGGCGGCGGCGGCGGAACCCCUAAAUGGGUUGCGCCUGUACUCGGCGUCGUUCUCGGUCUCGUCUUCAUCACAGCCAUCCUCGUCGGAUUUUGCCUUUGGCGCCGACGUAAGAUCCUUAGACGCGGCAAUGGAACCGCUACAACGACAGACGACAACGGAUCGCGCAUCAUCUCGUGGAUCAGGGGUCAGCCCAGUGAGCCGGCUAAAGCCCCCACCGUCACGACGGAAGAGAUGCCCUCUACACAGGACAUGUCAGAGAUCCGAACACCGCCUCCGCCUCCCGCGGCAUCCCCCGUGCCAUUCGUGGCUCAUGAGAUGGCUGACAACCACAUCGCUGAGCUGCCUGAUACUUCCCCACGCGCAGAGCUCCACGGCGUGGGCCUCACCCCCGUGGAAAUCAUCAACAAACACACGCACUUCGGCACGGGCUCCAACCCCGGAACGGUGCACCAGUCCUCUUACUACGCCUCUGUCUCCAGCAACGAGAACGCCUCGUCAAUCUCCCGCUCUUCAGGUGCCCUCGGCUACCAGACCCGCGCGCAGUCUCCGGACCCUGGCCCGCCAUCGCCACCGAUCACCACUUCCGCUCCUGCGGGACGAGUCGGUUCCGAUGUAUCAGGACUAAGCGAGCAUGAUGCCCGACACCUGAGGAACCUUAGCCAGGCGACUGUCAGCUCGACGUCAUCAGGGGGAGAACAAGAUGCAUCAGGCGCGCAGCCGAGCGCGCAACAGGGUGCUCGCGGUAUCCCGGCCACGGUGCCUGAGACGCCGACGCCAGGGCACCCGAGCCCGCUGAGCCCGCCCACGGGAGCGUCGGACGGUGAAGAUUACAUCUCAGCGAGGAUGUUGCCAGUGAGCCCCGCUGGAACAGGGACGCUUAGGAGGAGCAUGUUCCACGAGAGCGAAGACGACCUCGGAUCGAGGAAAUAA